GAUGCCGCCAUAGCCCCGCUUUCAACAAGAUGUUGCCAUGAUUGUUGCCCUACUGCUGCUACCGACUACGGUAGCGCUUUGUCCUGACACCGCCACCUGCAUCAGUCGAGUGAAGGAAGUCGUCGCCGCACCGCGGAAGUUUUGGUUCGGCGAGCAGCGUCGCUCGCUUUGCCAAGGAAGAAAUGCUGAUCCGAUAGAAUGCUUUGGACCGGAGCAGCUCAGUGCAUUCCACUCAGUCGGUAGCCGUCUCUUUCGAGUGCGAACUUAUCAUGCAGCGUAUCUCAGGAAUUUGCGGAUUUUCCCUAGAGUCACAUUCAGAGCACAUUCAGGCGAAUACCGCGCAUGUGAUCAUAACUUCCGCGCUGGUAAUGGCAGCGCUCAGGUGAUCGAGGCAGAUCCAGACAUGUCGCCUGUGGCUCCGUACUUCAUUCGCUCUAAGCCGGAGUUUACCUGGCAUGGGCUACGAUAUGAUGAAGAGUUUACUAUAGCCAUUAUUGACGUGGGCUUUGGAUCGUUAAACUACUUGGUCACAGGAUUUCCGCAAAAUCCGAAGAUACUCCAUGAGUACGAACCAUCAGAAAACUUUCGCCCUGAAGCGAAUCCAAUGGUGGUGGUGGUUUUCCGCAAGUCGAAUCCGUCGCUGAAAUUCUCGCGAACCAAGGACUUCGACAUUUCCAAAUUUAUGCUAGACAACGACUUUGCUGAUGACCUCGUUGGGCUUUCGCUCGUCAUAGUUGGCAGUGAUGCUUUUGCCAUAGAGCGGCAACGUCUUCGCGGUAUCGUUGACAAUUGUCAUAGCCUUCUUAGAAGCAAACUUCGACGACAUCCGCCCUCUUCGCUGCUCAGCCAACUACCUCUAGAUGAGCUGAACUCGUGGCUGACUGUCUCUGUUGAACAACCAGCCCUCGAUGUCAACGUUUGCUGUCAGAGACUUCGGCAAAAUCGAGAAACCGUUUUCUUCGAUCCUCUCGGUGCUUUGACGGUAUCCGCACUGUCGUUGCUCAAUCCGCCUUCUGUAAAUUCUGCUCGUAUACCUAUCCCAACUACUUCGUAUGUCAAUUAUCAUAGACAAGCUAGGACACAUAUAGCUUUAAUCGACGAUAUGUACAGUCUUGUUGCUCUUGACGCGACCACGUCACGACUACAUUGGUUGGUCGUUGAUAUCACGGCGCAGGAACUCGCUUCAGCGUCCAAUGGAAUUACUAAAGCCAAGUACCUGCCAUUUGCUCCGUCGAAGCCGGCCACGUGUUCGCCUUUUGCGCUUUUCCUCUUCUCGCAACCGUCUUCGCUGGAUAUGGUUCCAUCGUUCUGCGAAAAACAGUGCGAUCAGCGAGAAAGGUUUAGGAUCGACUUGUUCAAGCAACGUUACGGACUUCGGUUACGAGCACUAUCAUGGGUCACUGCUUGCUAUGACUUACCUUAUUCAUACCAAGUCAUAAAAUCCAUGACUAAUUCAAGUGUCAAUGCUGACAGCAACAUCAGCAGAUCCGAUCCUUCGCCGGAACCGUCGUCACUCAUUUGUGCCACAUUCCAUGUUUCACAUCCUCAGCGGUGUCGAAUUAGCUCUUCUAGUGGAGCCGUCGCUUUACCAUUGCUAGUGCUACCGUUACUCUUCGCCUUGGCCCUUGAGCGACGAUUUUUAUAAUCCCCUAAUGAGCUGUGCACAUCUAUGCUAUUUGGCUCAUUGUUGUCUUCUUUCACGUCUUCAAUCUACGAGUGAAUUUAGUCGGCUGAAUCUCCUGUUGCUGUC